UUUGCAAUGUUACCCAUCGGUAAUUCAGACAUGUGUUAACUGUUGAGUCUCUGUUUUGACCAAUAAAUGUGCACGUGUUGCUCUCUGAUUUGUCCUUCUUCCACAAUCAAAUUUUCAUGUAUUCUUUGACGGUUGACUCACCUCUUCGCCUCCGAUCUCACAACGCCGACCAGAUCCAAAACAUCUCCUCUCUCCUCAGCUUUUACGGCCACACCAAGAGCAAGAACGUCUUCUAUUGGUUCAAGAACCAUAACGCCGGCGAGCACUUAAAGCGUCACAAACUCACUCCUCCUUCCCUUCCCUGCAAAUCAUCUGUUCAGAGGGUAGUGGGAGUCGAGUGGCGGCAGAGUCGGAGAGAGUGGUGGAGACUGGAGACGCUUCAACUCUUCCGCUUGGACUCGUCAGGGGAAGCUGAGGCGGGUUCGUGCUAGUUGCAGGGACGAUACCGGCGAACCAAUGGAGCAACCUCCCCGGUACCUCUCUGCCUGAGCUUUCUCUAACACAUUCUGUGCACUUGGCCCAUGCAAAGAAAACCAAAGUAUGAGAAGAGAAAGUGAUUACAAAUUCCUGAGUAUACAUACAUUGGCUGGAGAGAAACAAGUUCAUUUUACAAGGUUCAUCAAGGAAGGAGAAG